AUAUUCUUUAAAUUUAAUGCCCAAAAGGUUGAAAUGGGUUUCAAACUAUUCCUAAAAUUGGUUUAGAUUUCAGAGUUUAAAGAUUUGCUCUUACUUUAUCGGGACCUGUUUCUCUCAGCUACUUCCUUUUCUGUUCUCUCCGAUCAACUCAGCCAUAGCCAUAGAAGAAACUUGAACAAGAACAGCCCACAAAUUCAGAAAAGAAAAAGAAAAAAAUCUCCUUUUUAAUCUCUUUUCUAGAGAUUUUCUUCACUGGGUUUUGUUUUUUGUGUUCAAAAAGGUGUGGGUUUGUUUUAAUCUCGAUAAAAAUACUGUUUUUUGUUCUUAUUUUUUCCAGUUCGAUCUGUUUUGCUCUGUUUUACUCUGUUUUUUUAAGAUCGAUCCAGAGGAAUUACAGAGACGAUGUUGAAUCUUAACGAUUUGAUUAUCAACUGCGACGAAACUUCGACGAAUCGGACUGUAAUGGAAGAUUCUGAGACGUCGAAUUCUUCUGUCGUGAAUGCCGACGAGGUCUGCAACAGUAAAGAUGAAGAUUCCUCUGUUUUAAUCUUCAAUAUUCUGAAAAGGGAAAAUUCCGGCGGUGGUGCGUCGCCGGAAUUAGUGACUCAGGCGCUCUUUCCGGUGGCUGGAGGGUGGGGAGAAACUGGGUCUCCGGUUCCGAAGUCCCAUUGGUUGAACCUGUCGUCGACUGGUGAUUUCGGCCGCGAAGGCGUCGGUGGAGGAACUGCAGAGCUGAAAAUUGUGCAGCAGAAACAGCAGCAGGUGAGGAAGAGCCGCCGUGGGCCGCGGUCCCGGAGUUCGCAGUACCGGGGAGUUACCUUUUACCGGCGGACAGGAAGAUGGGAAUCUCAUAUUUGGGAUUGUGGGAAACAAGUUUAUUUAGGUGGGUUCGACACUGCCCAUGCUGCAGCAAGGGCAUAUGAUCGAGCAGCAAUAAAGUUUAGGGGAGUGAAUGCAGAUAUAAACUUCAACAUAAGCGACUACGAUGAAGAUAUGAAACAACUGAAGAAUCUAAGCAAAGAAGAAUUUGUGCAUGUUCUUCGUCGACAAAGCACUGGAUUUUCUCGUGGAGGAUCGAAGCUGAGAGGAUUAUCUCUUCAAAAAUAUGGAAGAUGGGAAACUCAAACGAGUCCAAUUAUGGCGAAGAAUGAAAUCGAGCAAAGGUCGACAAUGGUAGAUGCAAACAAUGGAGGCAAUGGGCAUAAUCUUGAUCUGAGCAUUGGAGGAAUUUUCAACUACCAUUUAAGAAAUUCUUCCCAAAACAUCAACAUUCAAACACCAAAGAAAGAAAACAAUGGUGGUGGUGGAUAUGGUGUGGGUGGACAACAACCUCAUAUUCCUUCUUCUAUGUGGUCUGGUUUUUGCUCUGGUUUUUUAGCAGAUAAUCAGGAAAGAAGAGAGAAGAGAAGCUACCCGUCAAAGACCCUUACGAGCUCGGGAUGGCCAAUGGCAAUGCCGAUAUCGAUGCCGAUGUCGGUUCAAGAAAAUGGGAGUAAUGGAAUAAGAGCAAGAGAAGAAGCUCAUGUUUCCAAGAGUGCAGCAUCAUCAGGAUUCUCUUCCUCUUCUAAUUUUGGUUCACUUUAUCCCCAAAAUACCCCUCCCCUCCACAAUGCUCUCUGCCUUCCAACACCUUCCCCCAACAUUUCUUGACAGUUAUUUUGUGUUUUUUUUUUUUUUUUUUUUUUUUUUUUUUUUUUUUUUUUUUUUUUUUUUUUUUUUUUUUUUUUUUUUUUUUUUUUUGUGGCAAUGAGAGAAAUUUAUACUUUAUUAUGCCCAAUUGAACCUUAAUUAGUGUUAAUUAAUUAAGUAUUUUCCAUUUUUUUUUUCUAAGGGAAAAAUUUGGAGUAUUCCUAUGUAUAUAUUAAGAAGAACAUGUGUAUGGCCCUUCCAUUAUUGGAGGCUCUUUUUAUUUAUUUAUUUUUAUUAUUUAUGUAA